AUGUCAGCUGCUGGAUCUUCACCUUUCGUAGAGAAUCCUCCAACUAUGGUGCUAACAGGAGGAGGUGGAUCAACAACCACAGAAGAAGCAGAUCUCAGAUCAACCAUUUCCAAAUUACAAUUUCAAUUAAGUUCAUUACAAACUGAAAAGAAAUUAUUACAACAAGAUAGAGAAGAUCAAAUAUCAGAAUAUAAGACAUUACUUUCCAAAAAAUCAAAAGAAUUUAAUGAAUUAAAAUCAAAUUUUGAUUUUAUAUUUGAAGAAAAGAAACAAUUACAAUCAAAACUUGAUAAUCAAUCACAAAUUCAAUUGGCAUCUAAAGAUAAAUUACAACAAGAAAUAACAGAUCUAAAAGAAAAGAAUAGAAAUGCAACUAAACAAUUACAUGAAUUAGAAUCAAAACAUGAUAGACUUGUUAGGAAAUAUCAACAAGUAAGUUCUGAUUGGAAUUUAAAAAUUAGAAUCAAUGACGAAUUGACAGCUCAAUUGGAUCACAAGGAUAAGAUGAUUAAUGAAUUACAAUUGUCUAAUGAUAAUUUAAUUAGAGAAAUGGAUAAUUAUUCAAGUAUACUAAACAAUAAGGAUUCAUUAUCAACUUUAAAUCAAAAUUUAUUGAACAAGAAUGCUAGUUUACAAAAUACCAAUAAUAAAUUACAAGCUAAAAUUGAUCAAUUAUUACAAACCAAAACUUUAAAUGAAGUAUUAAAGGAAAAGAAUAUAUCUUUAACAGCCAAAAUUCAAAAACUUCAACCAUUUGAAGAAAGAUAUUAUCAAUUGGAUAUUGAAAAAUUACAAUUAGAAUCAAAAUAUAAUGAUUUAUUCAAAACUUUAAAUGAAUCUAUAGUUGAUCCAAAUCAAAAAGUGAGUGAUGACGAUGAUGUAACUAAUACAAUCAAAGUAAAUAAAUUCAUUGAAGUAUUUAAACAAACUCAACAUAAUAAUCAUAUUCUUCAAACCAAACUUGCCGAGAAAUCAAGUGAAAAUCAUAUUUUAAGACAAGAACAUGAUGAUUUAGUUAAUGAACUUGAAACAAAUUAUUUCCCACAAGUUGAACAACUUGAAUCAAAAUUAAAGAUUUCGGCUGAGCAAAUAUAUAAAUUAGAAAGCACGAAAAAGUUAAACACUCAAGAGAUUGAAUAUUUAAGAAAGAGAAUAAAAGAAUUGGAACAAGAAGUAGCAUUGGCACAACUGAAAAGACAAGAGGUAGAACAGCAACCGAAGAAUGAUAAAGCUAUCGAAGAAUAUCUUUCAAAUUUGGAAAAAUUAGUUGAGGAUUAUAAAUCAGAAAUAGAAAAUCUUCAGCAAAAAUUAAAAUCAGCCAAUGGAGGGCUGGAUGAAGGUAUUACUUCAAAAAAGAGACCAAGAAGUUUAGGUGAUGAUGGAUCUAGUUUUAAAUCUCAAGUAAAUGAACUUGAAAAGGAAAAUCUCCAACUUUGUUCAAAAGUUAAACAAUUAGAAUAUACCAUAAAAUGUUCUCAACAAAAGAUUCAAGAACUCGAACAAGUUAAUACCAAACGGAAAAGUUUACAAAUCUUACAACUAAAAUCAAAUCCAUUAGCGAAAGAUCAAGCCAUAAAACAAGAAACAUUAGACGCAUUACGAAAAGAAAACCUCAGCUUGAUUACAAAAUAUAUCGAAAAUAAACCUCUGGAUGAACUUAUACCCAAAGCCAUUUUUGAACGACAAGAAAAUGAUAAGGAAAUCCUUCAAACUAAGAUCACCCAAUUAAGUAAAAGAUUAACUCGAUUACGUGACACAUAUUCGAAAAAGAGUAAAGAUAUCAUAACUACCAUUUCGAAAUAUUUCGGAUAUUCAAUCGAAUUCUUACCUUCGCCAAGUAAUCCUAAUGAAUUAUCAUCUAGAUUGAAAUUAGUAUCACGAUAUUCCACCAAUAAAGAUUCUUAUUUGAUUAUAGAUAUCGAUUCCAAGAGUUUGAAAGCAUAUGGACCAUAUGAAUUCAAAUCUAUUUGUGAAGAGCUUGCUCAAAAAUGGGUGAUUGAAGAAGGUCAAUUUCCUUGUCUAUUAAGUGCAUUAAAUCUAACAAUAUAUAAACAGAAUUCUAUUUAG